AUGUCAACAUUCUUCAGAGGUCCAGUAUGCGGGACAGAUAAUUGUAGAUCACGACUUUGGCGUAUCAUUGACGGGAGAAGGACUUGUCAGUAUGGCCAUGUCAUGGAAGGCGAUGUCGAGUUUAAUGACGACGAAGAUGACAUUAACAGCAUGGGUGUUAUCACAAGAAGACUCAAUUUGACUACCAAUGCCACUGGAAGUUUUAGGUCAAGCAUGAACUCCCAGUCGCAACUCAGCCAAAAAGAGGACGCUAACCAGAAAGUAUAUGGCGCCGAAGGCGAGAGGCUGUUCCUACGCUGCUUCCAGUACAUUCUGAAGCUGCAGUGCACUUGGCUGAUCGAGCAUCAAAACUUCCCGCCAGUUUUUACGGACGUCGUGAAGCUGAUGUGGAUGCGUUUUAUAAGGUCGCUUGAAAUUGCUGACCAGCGCUCGGCUACUGGCGAUGACAACGGGGGCACGUCUAUGCAGGUCCCUGGAAAGAAGCCCCGGCUGUCUCUCUUGUCAUCGAUAUGCCUGCUAUAUAUGGCCAACACACACCUCAGGAUGCCUGUUCACUCGUGCGACUACAUCCGGUGGAUAUGUUCCAUGAAGCUGGUCUACUUCAAAGCCAAUCUACAUCUACCGGCCCUUUGGAGAAAACAGCUUCCUAAUUACUACCACCAGGUCCUAGAGGGUGGCAAAACGCCCAGCGAGGGCCAGUUCUUUCACAAGCUGGCACACAUGUGCUUCGCGGUGCAAUUGUCGUCGUGCUUCAGUACCUACGUCAGCUAUGAGGCGCUGACACUCAAGCUGCUCUUCGCGGUGAAGCUCCCUCCGCAGAUUCUUUUCGAUGUAAAAGAGCUCAUCAGAAUCUCCGGGGAGAGCGACAGUUCCUUCUGCCUCUACGAAAACCACAGAGAACGUGUCGAGCGCCUCUACCAGUGUUCAGAUCUGCGAAUCGCUGCCUACUUCAUACUUGCCGUGCGCUACAAAAUUUUGCAGGACGACCCGUUCUUCGUGAACUACUGUCUAGCAUGGCUCGAAAUCGAGGGCUCCGAGGACAGUCCAGCGGCGACAGAAGACCUCGUGACAAAGCUCUCGCACGACGCGGCAUCGCUGCACCAAAACAAUCACCGCUGGAGCGACCAGCAGACCACAGAUUACCUAGACUGGAUGGAGCAGCACUUUCUACCGGCGAGCACAAAGACCCAGACGGAGGCCCAGACAAUUGAUCACAGGAUUGCCAGUAAAAAGCUUUAUUCAAUGUUCCCACUUGAGAAGGCACCAACCGGAAGUGCAGAGGACCGCGCUACGCGUCCGUCUUACGUGGACAAAACCCAGGAAGCAUAUCUCGAAAUCUCCGACGCGUUAGCUCACGGGGUUCGCGUCCCGCGGCAGAAGCAGACCCCGAUGUUGGCCCAACUGGCCGAGGCCAAAUUGCUACGUGAGAUUUCUUACCGCUUCGCAGUUUCACAACCGCAGCUCCGUGAGUGCCUGGGCCACCUGCAGAGCCGCAUAUGCAAGACACGGAAUUCAAUGAAUUGCGCAUCCUGA